UUCGCGUCCCUCCCCCGUUGUUGCUUUUACCUCCCUUCCGCCCCACCCGCCCGCGGCGCGUCUUCGUGGACCCCCGACACUUGCAUCCCGGCGACCCUCUUGGGUGUCUCAUUGCGCUCGGCUAUUUUACGCACGCAUUUCCUUCAGCAAUUAUCGGAACCUCCAAAUCUCAUCUCUGCACUGUCAGCUUAGGCCCGCCCCCGCGCGCCGAUAAGGAUGCCUCCGGUCGUGCCUGCUCGAGGCGGCCCCCGCGCCCAUGUCGCGGCCCCGGUCGCCAACAUGGGCGGACUGGGAAAGCUGUCCGGCAAGCGCCUGCUGCAAAACACGGGAGGGAAACGGCAUCGUAAAAUCCCCAAGGAUUGCAUCCUGGGAAUCACCAAGCCCGACAUCCGCCGUCUUGCUCGUCGCGGUGGUGUGAAGCGCAUUUCGGCUGUCGUCUAUGAUGACGCCCGCGCCGCCUUGAAGGCAUACCUUGAGCAGGUUCUCAAGGACUGUGUCGCUUACUGCGAACACCGGCGGGCAAAGACGGUCACUGUACAUGACGUCAUCUUCUCCCUCCGGCGGAUUGGUCGACCGAUAUAUGGGUUUGACCCGGAUACAUAUGUCGCACCCCGGAAGAGGGUUGCGGAGCCAGCUGAUGCGUAACUCAACGGGCUAAGCCUUGUGGAACCAGGAGACAAGUCGACUACACUUCACCUGGGGCAUCUUCAUUUUGCGGUUGGCGUUCGGUGUCUUAUUUCCUCAUGCAAUGUUGCUUCCUUUUGGCAUGCCCCCGUUGUAUUCCUGUUUUUUUGUUCUCAUUUGGGGGCUUUUUAUACCAAGGGACAAUUGUGUGGCGUUCGGGUGCUGGAGGAUGUGUGAGGGGUUGUGAUCAUUUGAUGACUGGAUCCUGCCCAGAUAGGCCUGUGUCGCCAUACCUCGGGCCUAAUGGCCCUUGGGGCCGAGAAGGAAGUCGCAGGAGAAUCUAUCUGCAGGCUGCCUUGGUUUAUCGCCCUCUAACCCCACAUCCAGGAAGGCAACAGAAGCGGUAGCACCAAUAAGUUUGUGUUGGCAUUACUUGACCGCGAUGAAACCUAUGCCAUUCCUUGCGUCCCGAAUGGCCUUCCGAAGAGCCUGAUCUUCUUCAUCCGUCCACUUAACCGAGAGUUG